CAUGCAAACAUGUAUGUUACACACAGCCCGUCAAGCACCAGAUAGGAUAUGAGGAACACCUCGAGAACACUGCGCUCUCUUUCUCUAUUCACCUUCUCGCUGGGUCAUCAAACGAAACAGACGACAAGGAGGAAUUUCAGUUAAGGUUUUAGUGGUUGCAGUCGGUAUUUUUAGGAUGACUUCUUCUUAGAGGGACCGAGAUGAAGGCCAAGGCUUUGUCAGUGAAGGAGUGCACAUGGAUGUCUGAGGAGUGCCACCUGCUGGGUGAGCUGCAUGGAGACUCUCAGAGGGAUGCUCUGUGUUUACCCAACAUCUUCAGGUCCAAAAAAGUGAGGCCGCUCACCAGGACUCAGACCGGACCUGCCUACCAGGUCUACCACACGGCCAGAGAGCUCCUGCUGGAAGUGCUGGACCGAGCAGCCGUCCGGGAGCUGAUCAGGAGAGCUGCUGGUGUGAAGGCUGGAGGUAACCAUCAGAGCAGAGAGCAGGGAGCAGAUCUCUCUGAGGGGGAGUAUGCUGAGGCAUUAGCGUGGUUCUCUAUCGUCCUGCAGAGCGGCCUGACUGUAGGACAGAGCAGCAGCUUUGGCUCUGAGCUGACUUUCAGACUGGAUGGAUGGCAGGGCGUCCUGAAGAGAAACAGCUUCCAGACCAGCCUGCUGUCUCUGACCAGACUGGAGGAUGGAGAAAAGCUGGAGGCGCUUUCUGCCUUUUGCAGCCACAUCACCAGGCGCUACCAGGCUUUGUACACACCUGGUCACAACCUGGCUGUGAAGAAAUACAGUCUGUCCUACCAGCAGGGUGCUUGCUCUCUUCAUCUCGCCCUCCUCUGUGACACGAGCUCUGGGUUCAUCUGUAACAUGUAUCUGUACUGUCCAGAGCAGCUCCAGAGGCAGAGCAGGAGGCCUGUGGUGGAGCAGGUGGUCAGAUACCUGCUGGGACCGUUCUGCAGCCAGAGGCCCCUGGUUCAGCUGGACAGCUCUGCGUGGAUGGAGGGCAGACUCACAGACGUCUGCUCUGGCUUAGGGGUCAAUAUUGAUUUUGUUCCACUGCUCAAGGACCCGACAUCGUCUCCAGUCAGACCACAUCAGCGGGAGACACCUGAGGGUUCCCCGUCUCAUCUCCAAGGCUGGACCGGACCUGCUCUGUUUCCUGUGUCAGACCCGAAGGGAUCAGAGGUAGACUUGUUCCUCCCAGGCCUCUGGGCGACGCUACACAUCAUCUGCAUCAACACAUUCGUGCUCCACACGCUGCAGAUCCAGGGCUCAGACAGGCAGGUCCACCUGACCGAGUUCACCAGGGCUCUGGCCUCUCAGCUGGCUGUGGACAGCAGCAUCACCGUGCCGGCUCUGCCACCACUGAACAGCACUUCAUACCAAGAGACGAGGUCUUCUAAGAGAAGGACGAACACGUCCAGCUGUCAUCAGCUGAGGGAGAAUGACCAGCAAGCCUUCAGCUCUGCAGUGAGGCUGCACAGGUGGAACAGACCCGGAGUGUGCGGUUUGGACAACACAGGGAACUCCUGCUACUUAAAUGCUGUGUUACAGUGUCUGUGCUCCACUGUGCCCCUCGUCGAGCAUCUCCUCAAUCAGGACACUCGCAAAGAGCUGGCGAGGUCUAAGUGCCGUGUGGCCGAGGUGUUUGUGCGCCUGUUGGAGGAGAUGUGGAUGGGAAGUAGCUCCAGCUGUGCUCCCGUGGAGGCCCGGUCUGUGCUCUGCUCCAUCCUCCCACAGUUCAACAACUAUUCCCAGCAAGACGCCCAGGAACUGCUGCUUUAUCUGCUCAACGCACUCCAUGAUGACCUCAGAAAGGUUGCAAAGCGUCAGAUGCGCUCCUCAAUGCGGCAGCCGAGAAAAGACCAGAAUAGAAACUGCUCCACUGCAGCAGAGUCCACCAUCGUCUCGCAUCUGUUUGAAGGCCAGCUGAGCUACAUGACCGUCUGCAUGCACUGUGACCAGCAGGCACACAGCACACAGUCCUUCACCGUCCUGUCACUGCCCAUCCCUGCAGACAUCAUCAAGUGCUCCAUUCAGGACUGCCUGUCACUGUUCUUCGAGCAGACUAUCCUGACGGGAGGAGAGCAGAUGUUGUGUUCAGUGUGUGAGCUGAGGAGAGAAUCUACAGUCCUCACCUGUUUGGACAAACCCCCAGAGAUCCUCAUGUUGCACCUCAAACGGUUUGGCUGUAAGGGGAAGAACCAGGUGAAACUGAGGACUAAUGUUUCGUUCUCCAUGAAGCUCAAUCUCUCUCCAUUUCUAUCCAGCUCGGUACAGAACACCUCAUAUUCUUCAUACUGCCUGUACGCUGUUGUGAACCACACAGGUAAUCUGAACAUGGGUCACUACACGGCUCUCUGCCAUAACACCCUGACCCAGACAUGGCACUGUUUUGACGACUCAGCAGUCAGAGAGGUACAGGACAGCCUUGUGCAGUCUCCAAACACCUACAUGCUGCUCUACAGCCGCAAGCCGUUUCAAAAGCCAAAGAUCAGCGGACUCUGAUCAGCCCAGCCGGACUUCAACUUCCUUUUUAUCUCUUUGAUUUGAUACGUUUCGAGACCUUUUAAACGGCGAGUCCGACAUCAGUGAGGUAAUCUUUUAAAGUUAUAUGCUAUAAUCUUUAAAUAAAUGUAAAGAUUGUUGACUUGACACUCAUUUGUUUGUCAUUAUUAGAGUAACUGUUUGUGUGUAUUGUUAAAACACCAUGUUGUCUUUGUAGCAGAUAUACACUGCACAACUAAAGUUCAUUUUUAUAAUUCCAUUAUUUUCCCACUUAACAGAUUAAAACUGAGUCUGUAACUGUCAAAAAAUGUUUAAAAUGCUCAUCGCAAAUAUCCCAAAGUGACAUCUUGACAUCGCUUCUUUGUCCAACAGUCAAAAACCAGCAAAUGUUUGACAUUUUUGCUUGACAAUCCAACAAUCAAUUUUCCACUAGAGCUGCAAUGAUGACCAGUCAUCGAUUGUCAGCUACUUUGAUGAUUGAUAAAUCAGUUUGUGGGAUUGGUAUUUUUAGGGAAAUCCCUCCCUUUCACUCCUCUUUGACAGUAAACUGACUCUUUAUGGGUUUCGAAAACACUGAUCGAUAUUUGUCACCAUUUCCUGACAUUCUACAGACCAAACAACUGAUUAAUAAUCAAGAAAAUAAUCGACAGAUGAAUUAACAAUGAAAAUAAUCAUUUUAACAGCCCUGUAGCUGAUUCAUCCUCAAACAUUCAGACACAAACACAUUAAUUUGAAGCAGUUUUAAUAAAUAGUCAUAUGAGUUGUUUGAGGUUAAUAUAAUCGUUAUAUCUGAAACAAAUAUAUUUUUUUAAAGAGCAUUAAGAAAUAAAAUCAACAUGUACAAGUAUAAAGAAAACAGAUUAUGAUCUCAUGCCAGGCCAUAAAACUGCCACCUCACAUCUCCAUGGUCCAUUCAGAAACAAACAUUACCAGUAUACUUUGUGCUGGCUCUCGUCAGUCUGUGGGUCAGUCAGCAAGUCAGGCAGCAAAUGUCGACACUAACGCACUCGUGGAAGUGAUUAAGGUCAAUUUCACAAAUCUUCAUAUUCUUCCGGGUCAGUACUGAACACAGAAA